CAUGCAUUGCAUUGCACGUAUUAUGUACGAAGACUGAACGAAAGCUGUCGGGUGAGCUGAGAUCGCCCUUCAAAAAUUCAUGUUAAAACCAUUUCAUCUGUUCGUUUUGCAUGAAUCCACACUGUUCAUCGUUUAAUUGAGGCUCAUAUUCAUAUUUCAUCGUCAUUUUUGUCAUUGAAUAUUUCGACUUUGUGAAAUAUUUGGCAUGUCAACUAAUGCAGAACAACCUCCAGUGGAGGAGCAGAAAAACAACCAGUCACGAUCACCCAGUAAGCCCGGAACCCCGGCUGGAUCUGUCGUGUCGGCUACCACACCGCCUCCGAACAUGGCUCUGAAUCUCAACCCCAAGGAGCAGGAGUUCACCAACGCCAAGGCAUACCUCUUGAAAGCAAGCGCAAAGUCAAAUUUAAAUUUGUAUGAUCAUCUGAGUCGGGUGCUCACAAAAGUUCUUGAUGAAAGGCCUGAGAAUGUUGUUGAUGUCUUUGAGGAUAUCAGCAAGGAUGUUAAGAAGUCCAAGUUCACAUCCAAGGUAGACACCAUCCUGGACAAAGUGGACCACUCCACAGCAGUGCAGCUGGCUGAGUCACAGAGGGCGCUGUUUGAGAAAAAUCAAGAUGAAGCUGAGCAUGAGGCAGGGGGUGAGGAGGAGGUGGACACUCCACUGCCUAACCUACCAGAACUGAUGUAUUACUUCGAGCAGGCUUCGAUUGGCAUUGGUCGUGAGGAAAUGAUGAGAAUCUUCCUGGCUCUGAAGCAGCUGGUGGACAACUAUCCCCUGCAGACCUGCCGCUUCUGGGGCAAGCUGUUUGGCACAGAGAAGAACUACAUCGUGGCCGAGGUGGAAUACAGGGAAGGAGACGAGGAAGAGGAGGAAGAAGAAGAGGAGCAUGAGGCGGAGGAGCAAGAGACAGAGAAGGAUGAUGAUGAAGGAGAAGGAGAGGAACAAGAAGAGGAUGAUACCCCAAAGCCAGACUUCAAGCCACCCCCGGUUAUCCCUCGUGAGGAGAAUCGUACUGGCACCAACAAGAAGACAUACUUUGUUUGCAAUGAGCCUGGCCAACCGUGGGUGAAGCUACCACCAGUCACACCUGCUCAGAUUGUCGGUGCCAGACAGAUCAAGAAGUUCUUGACUGGAAAGCUCGAUGCUCCGAUUGUGAGCUACCCUCCAUUCCAAGGCAACGAGGCCAACUACCUGCGUUCCCAGAUUGCUCGCAUCUCGGCAGGGACUCAGAUCAGUCCACUGGGCUUCUUCCAAUUUGAUGAAGAGGAAGAGGAGGAAGAAGAAGAGACGGCCCGCGAGUCCUACAUUGAAAACCCUGACUUUGAAGGCAUCCCAGUCAAGGAUCUUGUCGAUCCCUCACUCUCCAACUGGGUGCAUCAUGUCCAACACGUUCUACCCCAGGGUCGGUGUACGUGGUUCAACCCAGUCCAGCAGCAAGAGGAUGACUUUGAGGAUGAGGAGGAUGAAGAGGAAAGGGAGGAGCCAGACGAACCGGAGCCUGAGGUGGGACCUCCCCUGCUCACACCCAUCUCUGAAGAUGUUGAAAUUGAUACCAUUCCACCUUGGAGUGCCCGCCUGUCUUCAACCCUUGUGCCCCAGUAUGCUCUCUCUGUCAUCCAGUCCAACCUGUGGCCUGGGGCAUACGCAUUCGGAACAGAUAAGAAAUUUGAGAACGUAUACCUGGGAUGGGGCCACAAGUACUCCCCGGAGAACUACAGCCCACCACCUCCCCCGCCAGUGCAGGAGGAGUUCCCCAGCGGGCCGGAGAUCACCGAGGGUGAGGAUCCUAGCCCCGAGGAAGAAGCGGCGCUCCGGGCCGCCCAGCAAGAGGCCAUGGAGCAGGCCGAGGAAAUGGAAGAUGUGGACGAGGACGAAGAUGAGGAUGAUUAAAUCAAGGAGACGAGCUAAGGCCAAAGUGGAGCUGCUAAAGCACAGAAAUAUGCAAAACUGGUUACCAGCUAAAAUGCCAUACUGUGUUUAUUGCUUGUCACUGGUUCUCAGCUGAUUUGUGCUUAAAAUUUGUAUAAAUUUGCAUAAAGGAUAUUUUUGGCUCAGCAGCUUUGUAAAUUUGAGCUCAGAUGAUGAGGAAGGGCCAUGAUGUUGACUUAGGAUUCUUAAGGGGGGUAUUUGUGCACAGGGAUAAGGACAACACGUGGAUAGGGCUAUUAUGGGUUUUCUAAUUUUGGGUGGGAAAGCCUUAGAAGCAUUGCUUCAUGGCACAAUAGGAAACGUGGUGCCUUCGGUUGAGUUUCAAGUCUUUCGAAUGUGGGACGUGGGAUGGGUGAUCUUUCCCACUGAGGUACGCUGUCUUAUGUUUGCCAGGGAUUGAUCAUCUAUAUUUUGUCACACAGUUAUCACUUGAUGGCAGUAAGGACUAUUGUCUAAUUUCAUUCUGCUUAACCCUGGGGUGGGAAAAAAUCACAUGAAAAUAGGAGGAUUAGCAGAAACAUGUUUACCAUGUAUAGCAGAGAGUGGCUGUUCUAACACCUGUGUGCAUGGCCAAUUCUUUUGUUGUGUCAUAAAUUAUGCCUCUGGAGUAAGCACGCACUCUGCUGUGCUUAUUCAGCACCAUGAAAUUGGGCCCUUUUUACUUGAUGCGUUGUCUGCUGGUUAAAGACUCAUUUCAAAGACAAUCGGAGAGAAAUGAACACAUGCACAUUCUCCUGUUUGCAGAACAAUCUGACGUCAAUCUUCCAAGUGUUGCCAAUUGGUUAAAGGCAAAUAUGAGGCCGGUUCAUACUUAGUGUGAGGGAAAGGACAAAUUUUGGCAAGUACAUGUACUCUUUCUAAAAUUGAAACAAUUGAACACAUUUCCACUGUUUUGUGUUCAAAUUUGAUUCACGUUCAUGUUUAACCAGUUCACGCCAGGAUUAUUUUGACAAGAAUCGAACGAGGUGCGGGAUUAAUAUGCACUCGACCUCAAGCCAGGUGGGUUGAAGCCAUCACCCUCAGGCAGCACACUCGUAUUUCAGGCCUCGCUCGCCGCGAGCGGGUCGCUGACAGAUAUUUCCGGCCUCGCUCCCUGCGUGUUUAUCCGUCAUCCCUUGAAGCCAUCACCCUCAGGCAGCACACUCAUAUUUCUGGCCCGCUUGCUGCGAGCGGGUCGCUGACAGAUAUUUUUGGCCUCACUCCCUGCGUGUUUAUCCAUCAUCCGUUCCGAAUACCGCAAAACUUUGCGUGUAUUACACGUCAUCCUGCGCAAACUGGUUAAAGUAUGAACUGGCUUAAAAGUUUCGAAAUCAGGGGUCAUAAGUUCAUUUGAAAAAAUAUUACGCCAUUACAGACACACAGAUCCGUCCAUCAGCCAGUAUUGUAUAUAAUGUGGAUGUGUAUAAAUGUAUUUGUGCUUUUCUUAUAAAUAAUUACCGCCUUCCAUUGCAUAGUUAUACAGUUACCGAAAGUGCUUUUUCGUUUCAUACUGAAUUACAUCCGUCCAAUUAAAAACAGAUUGUUACCACCUGGAUUUUACUUUUCAAUUUAAAAGAUUUGUAUACAUAAAUUUGUAAUUCUCAGUAUUUAAGCAUCAACUGUUUGUUGGGUCUAGUCUUUGCCUUGAACAUGCUUUGUAUAUUGUAAAUUCUAAAAUUUAAUCAAAAACUUCAGUUCUAAUGUUGUGUUUUGCUUAAUUUUUGAAAGAUAAAAGUUAAUAAAAUUUGACGAGUCUUUGUAAAGUC